UUCCUCAGGACCAUCAUGGGACCUCACGGAAUCAAUCGAUCUGUCCAUCGAAUCGCCUUCUCCGACUGUGAGAAUGGCCUCGGUAUUAAAGUUAUUGGUGGAUUCAAGGAGCAGACGGGCGAGGAGUAUGGAAUCUACGUCAAGCGUGUUUUACACAGAGGGGUCGCGGCAAAUGACGGGCGGCUGCAGGCUGGAGAUUUAAUCCUGGAGGUGAACGGGGAGGACCUGGCCGGAGUGACCAACGACAGGGCGGUGGACAUUCUCCGUACAGCCUCGGCCUCCAGUCACAUGUCCCUGCUGAUCACACGGGACGAGGAGUCCAGGCGGGAAUUUGCCGAGCUGAUGGAGAAGUACGAAUCGCACAGCAACGCGGGAUCAGCAAGAAGUUCCCCCACCCCCCACAGCAGCGGUGAGACCCCCCCCCCCCCCGGCCCAGUAUUACACCGCCCGGCGGGGGAGGGGAGGGUAGACUCGCGGAUAGCCCAUGUUGCAGCUCCUGCUCCGGCUCACUCAGUCCCAAGGACAGCUCGACCUUCACCGCGGCACCAACCCUGGCAACGGCAGCGGCAGCAAGGUGGGUCACGCUGGGGGAACCGUCACCCCUGCACCCUGAACCCCGACCCCUGGACCUCGACCCCUGAACCUCGACCCCGACUCCUGAACUUGGACCCCGACCCCUGA